ACCUUCACCUCCACGGCUCCACCAUCAGCAGUAUGAAUGCUCAUAGCUGGCUUGUGAAUUGAACGUGUUGAUAAAGCCAUUAGUUUUGCGAACUAUUGCUUCAGCGCAGCUGCUCAGACCAUGUUUGGUCUUUUUUUCAAUAGAUUAUUGCGCAUCAGUCGCAGAAGCAGUACUCUUCGUUUAAGGCUAAUUUCACACAAUUUGUUGAUGUUCGCUAAUGAUUUGAAAUGCGUCUCCCAUUGCCCGCUGUCCAGAAAUGUCAAAUUCAGUACUUCUGGUGGAGUUUUCUUUGAUGCCCAAAUGAUUACGGAACUGGUGCGUGAAGGUAGGUGGGAUGAUUUUAGACUAUCGAGACUUUUUAGCUCUGAUUUAGCUCCCAUUUGGGUCUCCAGAAUCCUGGUGGAGUUGAAACAUGAACCUAGGUUAGCUCUUAACUUGUUUGAUCGGGCAAAGACCAGGAUUUCGGUUGGUCAUGCCACAGAGAGUUACUGUCUGGUUGCUCACAUUUUGUUCUGCUCAAGAAUGUACAAUGAUGCUAGAAAUGUUCUGAAAGAAUUGAUUAGUCUGAACAUUGGAGAUAAGGCAGUGGUACCUUGUUCAGAAAUUCUGGAUGUCUUGUGGUCAACUAGGAAUGUCUGCAUUCCAGGUUUUGGGGUUUUUGAUUCGUUUUUCAGUGUUUUAGUUGACCUGGGAUUUCUAGAUGAUGCAUAUGGGUGCUUUUUGAGGCUGAGAAGUUUUAACGUGCUUCCAAAAACACGAUCUUGCAAUUAUCUUUUGGAUAGACUUGUAAAGGCUGGAAAUCUAGACUUCUCCUGGAAAUGUUUUGAAGAUAUGAUUGCUUCUGGACCUUCACCUAACGUGUACACAUAUAAUAUAAUGAUUGGUUAUUUGUGUAAAGAAGGGGACUUGGAUGCUGCGAGAAAAUUAUUUGCACAGAUGAAAGAGGGCAGGGUUAAUCCCGAUAUAGUUACGUAUAAUUCUCUUAUUGAUGGAACUGGCAAGCUAGGGGAGCUUCAGGAAAUGACUUCCAUAUAUGAGGAAAUGAAGGAAGCUGGAUGUUCUCCAUGUGCAGUAACAUAUAAUACAUUAAUUAAUUGCUUAUGUAAACAUAAAGAAAUGGACUCUGCGUUUGGAUAUUUGAAUGAGAUGAAGAGUAGUGGUAUAAAACCCAAUGUUGUAACUUAUAGCACAUUUAUUGAUGCUUUCUGCAAAGAAGGGAUGCUGCAAGAGGCUAUCAAAUUUUUCAUCGACAUGAGGAGAGUUGGUCUGCUUCCCAAUGAGUUCACUUAUACUUCUUUGAUUGAUGCAAAAUGUAAAGCAGGGAAGAUGGACGAAGCUUUCAAGCUUGUAAAAGAGAUGUUAGAAUUGGGACUGAAGCUGAACAUAGUUACCUACACAGCAUUACUAGAUGGCCUUUGUGAACAAGGGAGGCUUAGAGAAGCUGAAGACAUUUUUAAAUUAUUAUUAAAAAAUGGGAUCACCCCUAAUGCAAAGUCUUAUACCGCUCUUAUGCAUGGGUAUAUGAAAUCAAAAAGGUUAGACGAUGCUAUGAAUAUUUUGGAACAAAUGAAGGAAAUGAAUAUCGUCCAGAAUGAAUUACUCCAUGGAACUGUUGUAUGGGGACUUUGCAACCAAGGAAAGUUAGAGGAUGCAAAGAAUUAUUUUGAUGAAAUGGAGGGGCAAGGAAUAGAAGCGACUUCUGUGGUAUACACCACACUCAUUGAUGCUUUCUUUAAGGCUGGAAAAUCCACUGAAGCGCGUGAUAUGCUGGAUGAGAUGCAGAGAAGAAAUAUUACCCCAACUGUUGUGACAUAUUGUGCAGUAAUUGACGGUUUGUGCAGUUUGGGGUGUGUCGAGGAAGCAGUUGUUCAUUUCAAUAAUAUGCCAAAUAUUGGUUUGGAACCCAAUCUGAUGGUUUACACGGCACUUAUUGAUGGCCUCUGUAAAAAUACAUUUCUAGAGGCUGCCAAAACCUUUUUUGAUGAAAUGCUAGACAGAGGUUUGUUUCCAGAUAAAGCUGUUUACACAUCUCUGAUUGAUGGAAACAUGAAACAGGGAAAUGUUCAAGACGCUUUGACUUUGAAGGAAAAAAUGAUCGAGAAUGGCAUUGACCUUGACCUUUGUGCCUUCUCUUGUUUGAUCCAGGGUCUUUCAAGGAAUGGUCGAAUGGAAGAAGCAAGAUGUUUGCUUGAUGAGAUGAUUGAGAAAGAUAUUCUUCCUGAUGCUGUUAUUUAUGGGUGUCUCAUAAGAAAAUAUUGUGAACUUGGUAAUACAGAUGAAGCACUUUUCUUGCAGAAUGACAUGCUGAAAAGGGGCUGUGUGGCUAUCAAAAGUGAAUAUGAUGUUCAAAAUACAUCUUAAAGUUGGUGGUUCAGAGAUUCUCUUUGUUACCAAAGUAGUGGGAAUAGGUUGUAUGACUAUCAGUGAUGAUUUUUAUGUUCAAAAUACAUAACUGGGUGGCUGAGAUUGAGAAAAUUUGUCUGUAGCAUUUUCAAACGAAGGUGAAAAGUGAAACUUGAGUAACUGGGCUUCUGCAACUUCAUUUUCUUUAUUAUGUUCUCAUGAAGGCAAGAUGAAUGCUAUUAAAAGCUCUAAGGAACCAAGUUUAGUAGGCUGUGUCAAAGUAUGAACGGGAAGAUGUUUUUUCCCAUGGCAUUGACUCUGAAGAUGGCAUGAAACUUACUCCAUAUGACACCAUACCUCGUCCUCCCAACUGUCUGUUGUGAAAGGGAAUGUGCAGUUCCAGAUUUGACAAGAAGUCUCGGGAUUACGAGUGCACAAAGAGAUUUGUUUCCAUAACCAUUGAUAGUGCUUACAGAUCUAGAACUACUUUGAUCAUCAAGGGUAGGACUGGAGGAGACACAUCGUGGUCGUAGACCUCAAAAGAUUUCAUGGCUUUGUGUUAUGGAUACCUUUCAGGGAUCCAAACCCAUAAACGGAAGACAAAGAAGAAUGGGCUGACAGGCUGCUAGCCCGUUGAGGAUGACUAGUGUUUUAUGCAAAAUCUUUCACGGACCUAAGGUCUAUGGUGAACCUUCAUAUAAGCUAAACAAGUAUUUGCUUAUUCGCGGAUGUUGUUUCCCAGCACACCAAGAGGAGAUUUCCCUCUGGAAGAACUUCAGAAACAUAAUGGAUUGCCCUCCAUAUCUUUCACAGAAUCUGAAGAACACAUUGCCAAGUUCAGGGUAUGCUCUUGUUGGAUCUUUCUGGAUUGGACUUGUUGAUGAUCAGCUUAUUUUUAUUUAACUUUGAUCAAGAAGAGGAAUUUUUGGUAGCUCUUGUUGGAUACUCCUAUAGUUUAUAUUUGGAUUUCUUUGGAAGGACUGCCAAUUCACUUACAGGAUUGGAGGGCUCUCUACCUGCCAUUGCAAGAAUGACAGGCCACCACUCUGUGAGAGUUGAUGUUACCAAGCCCCCCUGCCGCCACAAAGAAUCUAUAUUCAGUGUGGUAAAAGAAACUUUUAUCAAUAUGGAACCUGGGAAAAUUGAUGCAUCUACAUUUAUAAUAGUAUUCUAUCCUUUUUCACUGUGUUUUGUUCGAGGAAUUACAGAAAAAAGGGAAAUGAAAAGAGUACUCUAUCUGUCUAGAAAUUAAGUUCUCAGGUUGAAUUGAUUAGAAGUGUUAAAAAUAACUUUGAUUUAUCAUU